AUGUCGAAGGAGCCCAACAACCUUGCACAAUUCAAAUAUGCGGCCAUGUCAAACUUGGUCCUGCAGGCGGACAGACGAUUUACGUCGCGCCGACCAGACGACCACACGGGCGAUCCCGAGUCGCUUGCAGGUCGCAUAAAUAUUCGGGACAUGGGCGGACGGACUGCGCGAGACAACGCGCCCACGCAAGCGAAGAAGCCAAAGGGACCUGGUGUGGAGCGUGGCGAUCUGACAGAGGGCGGCGACGUGCUCGCCCGCGAGCUCAAGAAAAGGAAACGGGAUGAAGGCAUGAACGCAUAUGGAGCGAGCGCAACCGUUGACUUUACCAUUGAGGGCCUCACCUAUAAGCCUCGGACACCUGCGACACGGGCGACCUUUGAGCUCAUCACAACCAUCGUCAGCAAAGCGCUUGGUGAUGUCCCCGUCGCGACUACGAGAAGUGCAGCAGAUGCAGUCUUGGAGUAUCUGAAGGACGAUAGUCUCAAGGACUUUGAUAAGAAGAAGGAGAUUGACGAUCUACUUGGAACCACAAUGGGCGCAAAAGAGUUCAAUGAGCUGGUCAACCUGGGCAAGAAGAUCACCGACUACGAUGCGCAAGACGAGGAGGAUGGCGGCGACGAGGCAAUGGCCGAUGCUGACGGCGCUGAGAACGGCGACAAUCAGGGUGUGGCAGUUGUUUUCGACGACGAAGACGAAGAUGAGGACGGUCCACAGACGUUUGAAGUUCGUGAUGUCGAUUCAUCGGACGAAGAGGAGGAGGCGGAGAUGGAGAUAGAGCAGAUUGGCGGGGAACAAGAUCAAGAGGACGGAGCCAUGGCGAAUGAGGAAGAGAUGGUCAUACAGGGUGACUCUUCUGCCUCUGCGGACCGCAAAGACGGCAGUGAGCAGCUCAUUCCCGCACACGAGAUCGACGCAUACUGGCUUCAACGGCAAAUUGGUCAAGUGUACGAAGAUGCGCACACGCAGCAGGAAAAGACACAAGACGCUUUGAACAUACUCGCAGGAGUAUCUGAAGACGGAGAAGAGAAGGCUUUGCGCGAGAUUGAAAACGAUCUCAUGGAACUCUUCGAUUACGAACACCACGAGCUGGUUGCGAAGCUUGUCCUUAACCGUGACCGUGUUGUCUGGGUCACACGGUGGCGGAGAGCAGCGGAAGACAACGAUGAACGAACGGCUGUCGAACGGGAGAUGAAGGCUGCGGGCCAGCAACGCAUUCUCCAAGAGCUGCGCGCUCGAGAGACCGGUAUCAAGGCGGAGGACGGUACUGGUGCAGGGAAGAUGAAGUUCAACCUGAAGGACAUUAGCCUACCAGAGCCAUCAAACGAUGUGGACAUGGCAGAUGCGAAACCGGACGGCAUCGUUGGUGGACUGCAACCCUCUAGCCGCCUUGUCAAUCUCGACAACAUUGUCUUUGAGCAAGGUAAUCAUCUCAUGACAAACAAUGGUGUCAAACUGCCACAGGGAUCAACGAAACGUGUGUUCAAGGGUUAUGAGGAGGUUCACGUGCCCGCUCCGAAGCCUAAACGUGAUCCAAAUGAGAAGCCGCUCAUACCUACCUCGGAUUUGCCAGACUGGGCGCGUGCAGGCUUUGGAUCCUCAAAGUCUCUCAAUCGUAUCCAGACAAAGUGCUUCCCCACCGCUUUCGAAGACGACGGCAACAUGCUCAUCUGUGCUCCUACUGGAUCUGGAAAGACAAAUGUUGCCAUGCUAGCCAUGCUCCGCGAAAUUGGCAAACAUCGAAACCCCCAAACCGGAGAGAUCGCUCUCGACGACUUCAAGAUCAUCUACAUUGCACCUCUCAAGGCCCUUGUCGCAGAACAAGUUGGUAACUUUGGCAAACGAUUGGAACCCUAUGGAAUCAAGGUCUCUGAGCUUACUGGUGAUCGCCAACUCACCAAGCAGCAAAUUGCGGAGACGCAGAUCAUUGUCACUACUCCGGAAAAGUACGAUGUCAUCACUCGCAAAGCUACCGACACCAGCUACAUCAAUCUAGUCCGCCUGAUAUGCAUUGAUGAAAUUCAUCUGCUUCACGACGAUCGAGGUCCAGUCAUCGAAAGCAUUGUGAGCAGGACCCUCCGGCGCAGCGAGCAGACCGGCGAUCAUGUUCGUAUCGUGGGUCUGAGUGCCACCCUCCCCAACUACCGCGAUGUUGCCAGCUUUCUUCGCAUCGAUCCCGAGAAGGGUCUCUUCCACUUUGACGCCACUUUCCGACCAUGUCCGCUGAAGCAGGAGUUCAUUGGUGUGACGGACAAGAAAGCCAUCAAGCAACUAAAAACGAUGAACGAUGUCUGUUACACAAAGGUCCUCGAACAAGUGGGCGAGCACCGCAAUCAAAUGCUGAUCUUUGUGCAUUCACGAAAAGAGACUGCAAAGACGGCGAAAUACAUACGUGAUAAAGCGCUUGAAGAGGAAUCAAUAGGCAAGAUUCUACGGUCAGACGCUGCGAGUCGAGAGAUUCUGCGAGAGGAAGCCGAGUCGGUUCAAAACGCCGACCUCAAGGAUUUGAUGCCCUAUGGAUUCGGUAUUCAUCAUGCCGGCAUGUCGAGAGCAGACCGUACCUCUGUUGAAGAUCUGUUUGCUGAUGGAUCCAUCCAAGUCCUUGUGUGUACAGCUACGUUGGCUUGGGGUGUCAAUUUGCCUGCGCAUACAGUCAUUAUCAAGGGCACACAAAUCUACUCUCCUGAAAAAGGUAGUUGGGUGGAACUCAGUCCUCAGGAUGUCCUGCAAAUGCUUGGUCGUGCUGGUCGGCCUCAGUAUGAUACAUACGGAGAAGGUAUCAUCAUCACCACCAAGGAUGAGAUUCAAUACUACUUGUCACUGCUCAACCAGCAACUACCGAUUGAAUCGCAGUUCAUCAGCAAACUCGCGGACAAUCUCAAUGCAGAAAUUGUGCUUGGCAACGUACGCAAUAGAGACGAAGCAGUAGACUGGCUCGGAUACACGUAUCUAUUCGUUCGUAUGCUGAGAUCACCCGCCCUUUAUCGGGUCGGCCCGGAGUACGAGAAUGACACGGUAUUGGAACAAAGGCGUGUGGAUCUUGUGCACGCGGCCGCACACGUGCUUGAGAAAUGCAGUCUCAUCAAGUACGACAGAAAGACCGGACAACUUACACCAACGGAGCUUGGAAGGAUCGCCUCUCACUACUACAUUUCCCACAACUCGAUGGCGACCUACAAUAUGCACGUUCAACCUGGUAUUAGCGCAAUUGAACUGUUCCGCAUCUUCGCUUUGAGUGAGGAGUUCAAGUUCAUUCCUGUCCGUCAAGACGAGAAGCUUGAACUUGCAAAACUGCUUGGAAAGGUUCCGAUCCCUGUCAAGGAAGGUGUCGAGGAAGCUCAGGCCAAGAUCAACGUUCUUCUACAAGCGUACAUCUCUCGACUCAAGCUUGAAGGCCUUGCUCUGAUGGCUGAUUUGGUGUACGUAACACAAUCAGCUGGUCGUAUUCUGCGAGCCAUCUUUGAGAUUUGCCUCAAGAAGGGCUGGUCUCAAGUUGCGAAGUUGGCUCUUGACAUGUGCAAGAUGGCGGAGAAACGCAUGUGGCCAACCAUGACUCCUCUUCGACAAUUCCCCACCUGUCCCAGAGACAUUGUGCAGAAGGCGGAACGUAUUGAUGUUGACUGGUCAAGCUACUUUGGCCUCGACCCACCCAGUAUGGGUGAGCUAUUGGGUAUGCCCAAGGCUGGUAAGCUUGUUUGUCAACUGGUCGAGAAGUUCCCUCGUCUACAGAUUGAAGCCACGCCACGACCGGUGACACGGUCCUUACUCCGCAUGGAGCUCAUCAUUCGACCUGACUUUGUGUGGGACACCGAGAUACAUGGAGCAUCGGAAGCUUUUUGGAUUAUGGUUGAAGAUUGUGAUGGCGAGAACAUCUUGUACCACGAUACAUUCCUUUUACGUAAGGAUUAUGCUGACGGAGACGUCAAUGAGCAUCUUCUCGAAUUCACAGUACCUAUUGAUGAGCCUAUGCCGCCGAAUUACUUCAUCACGGUCUUGUCAGAUCGAUGGAUGGCGUCAGAGACGAAGCUGGCUGUCUCCUUCCAAAAGCUUAUCCUACCAGCCAAAUUCCCCGCCCACACGCCUGUGCUCGAUCUCCAACCACUUCCGGUCUCGGCCCUGAAGAGGAAAGAGUACAUGGGCUUGUACGAGAACGUUGGCCGCUUCAACAAGGUGCAGACACAAGUUUUCAACUCUCUGUACACAACAGAUGACAACGUCCUUGUUGGAGCUGCUGCCGGCAUCGGAAAGACGUUUUGUGCUGAGUUUGCUAUACUGCGACACUGGGCCAGUGACAAUGAGGGUCGUAUCGUCUAUCUCGCGCCGUUCCAGGAACUUGUGGACACGCAGUUUAAAAACUGGAGUGGACGCCUAUCUGGACUAGGAGGAGGCAAGGACGUGGUCAAGCUUACAGGCGAGACAACGGCAGAUUUACGCCUGCUCGACAAGGGCGACCUCAUUCUGGCUACGCCAUCGCAGUGGGACUCACUCUCUCGUCAAUGGCAACGACGGAAAAACGUUCAGUCAGUUGCUUUGUUGAUUGCUGAUGAGCUUCACAUGCUUGGCGGCAUCGGCGGACAUGUCUAUGAGAUUGUGGUCUCUCGUAUGCAAGCCAUGGCUGCACAGCUAGAGUCGAAGCUGCGUAUCGUCGGUCUCAGUGUGUCUCUAUCAAAUGCUCGAGACAUUGGCGAGUGGAUCGGCGCGAACAAGCACACCAUCUACAACUUCAGUCCUGCCAUUCGAGCAGUUCCGCUCGAGUUGAAGAUUCAGUCGUUCACUAUUCCCCAUUUCCCUUCGUUGAUGAUGGCAAUGGCGAGACCGACAUACUUGGCCAUUACACAAAUGUCUCCGGAUAAGCCAGCCAUGGUCUUCGUCCCCAACAGGAAGCAGGCCCGCAACUCUGCUGCAGACUUGUACAAUGCAUGUGUUGCUGACGAAGAUGACGAUCGCUUCCUGAAUGUGGAACUUGACGAGAUCAAGCCGAUCUUGGAGAAGGUCAACGAGCAAGCAUUGGCAACCUCGCUCUCCCACGGUAUCGGAUACUUCCACGAGGCGCUCAACUCGUUUGAUAAGAAGGCAGUACAGCACCUGUUCAAGGUCGGUGCCAUUCAGGUUCUCAUCGUAUCGCGCGAUUCGUGCUGGGAGAUUGACGGCGGUGCCCACCUGGUCAUCGUUCAGGGCACACAAUUUUACGAGGGCCGUGAACAUCGUUAUGUUGACUAUCCUAUCAGCGAUAUUCUGCAGAUGUUUGGAAAGGCUGGCAGGGUCGGACAAGACAAGUCGGCCAAGGGUGUGCUCAUGCUACCUGCUGUGAAGCGCGAGUACUACAAGAAGUUCCUCAAUGAGGCAUUGCCGAUUGAGAGUUAUCUCCACGAUUACCUCCACGACGCUUUCGUCGCUGAGAUUAGUGCAAAGACGAUUGAGUCAACACAAGAAGCUGUUGACUGGUCAACGUACACUUACUUCUACCGCCGUCUGCUUGCCAAUCCGAGCUACUACAACCUGCAUGACACCUCGCACGAGGGUCUCAGUGCGCAUUUGUCCGAGCUGGUCGAGAUGACGUUGAAGGAGCUCGCAGACGCGAACCUGAUUGAGCACGACGAGGAGGAAGACGCGAUCACGCCGCUCAACCCAUGCAUGAUUGCCGCCUACUACAACAUCUCGUUUAUCACUAUGCAGACACUGAUGAUGUCUCUCAACGGCAAGACGACCCUCAAGGGCAUCCUCGAAAUCAUCACUGCCGCCACGGAGUUUGAAGACAUACAAAUUCGCCGCCACGAAGACCACAUCCUCCAACGCAUCUACGAUCGCGUGCCCUUCAAGAUGCAAGAACCCAACUUCGAGACGCCCCACUUCAAAGCUUUUGUCCUCCUCCAGGCGCACUUUUCCCGCAUGCAACUCCCCAUCGACCUCGCCAAGGACCAAGAAACCGUGCUCCAGAAGGUCCUCCCCAUCCUCUCCGCCAGCGUCGACGUGCUCUCAUCCGAAGCCCACCUGAAUGCGCUCUCGGCCAUGGAACUCUCGCAAAUGGUCGUGCAAGCAAUGUGGCAAAAGGACUCGCCACUCAAACAGAUUCCCCACUUCGACAACGACACCAUCGCCACCGCCGCCCGCUUCUCCCUCACCGACGUCGACGACUUCAUCAACGCAAUGGACCCAGACGAAAACCCAAAAUACAACGACCUCCUCUCCGCCCUCGCCCUCGACCAAUCCCAACUUGCAGACAUUGCAAACUUCACAAACACUUUUUACCCAAACCUCGACCUCGACCACUCCCUCGUCAACCCAGACUCUAUCACCUCCACCUCCCCAGCCCACCUCCGCGUCCACAUCUCCCGCAAUCUCGACCCCGAAGACCCCGUCCCCACCGCCGUCCAUGCCCCCUUUUUCCCCGCCCACAAGACGGAGAGCUGGUGGCUUGUUGUGGGUGAUCAGCAGGAGCGCACUUUGCUGGCGAUCAAAAAGGUGCCGGUCAUGCGGGUGCUUGAUACUACGCUUGAGUUUUCGAUUGAGAGGCCGGGCCGCCAUGAGCUUACGCUUUUCCUGGUGUGUGAUUCUUAUCUUGGGGUUGAUCAGGCGCCGCGGUUUGAGGUUGAGGUUGCGGAGGGGAUGGAGGAGGGGAGUAGUGAGGAGGAAGAAGAAGAAGAAGAAGAGGGGGAUGAGUAG